UCCGGUCUCUCAUAUUCUCUCUCUGAUCGCUCUCUCUAAUCGCUCUUCUCUCCACUGAUCUGAUCCUUACGCAAUCUCCAGUCAUCCAAUCGUUAUUCCCCAAUUGGCGAAUUCUCAUCCAUUCUGAAUUUCCGGCAAUGGGUAAUUUCCGACGGCCGUACCGGGCCUGGUUGAUCGGAGACGAGCUGUGCAUCAACCUGGAUAUGGCUUUUUUCGCCGGUGUGGAGGAGAAGCCUCCACCGACAAAACCCUCGUCUCCGCCGCUUCAGGCUCCCCUGUCUUUUCUGGACGAAGCGCAAGACUUGUUACUCGAUCUGGUCCAGAGGGAACGCCAACAAACGGCGCUGGAAUGGUUCAAAAUAAGGACUCUGAUGUCCCUCCGGUGAGUCGCAUUAUCAAUUUUCAAUUCUCAUCAUCGUUUAUCUAAUGUUAAUUCUUACGGGUAGGCUCUUUUUCGCUUGAUAAAUCUGUAGCAGUGCACAUGAGUCUGCUUUGCCUGAUUGAACAUGGUGCUAAAAGGCUUCUUGUGUACUUACUACUUGUACAUGUCCAAUGGCAAUGUUGCUUUCUGACUUGGAGGUUUGUCUCGUUUUACUGCAGAUACACACUCGUUACAUCUUUGAGUGAAUAGUGACUUUUUUGGGUGGCAUUUUUGUGUUCCAUUAUAACCCAUUUUGAAGUGAGUACUAGCUUUUGAAAUGCAGUAGUUAGACUAGUUAUCCAGAUGUGAUAUUGGCAUGGAUUAAAAUCAGUUCCGGGAGUCUAGAGAUACCUAGUAAGAACUUUGAACGUUUUUUUUUUUGGUUGGGACCAGUGGUGUUUGGGGCAGUUCCUUUUAGUAUAAUGUGCUUUAAAAUUUUGGAUUUCGAAUAAAGCUUAUUUGGAAAAUAGUUUUUCUUAAUAAAGAUAGAAAGCCUCUGAUCUGUUUUCUUAUUGAAUCUUUCUUGGUUGAUUUCGUAUUGUAAGUUGGAUAAGAAAAAUUUAAGAUGGCGUAUCAAACUGUUGUAGUCACAACAGGGAAGCCAGCUCUUUAGUGGAACAUGAGGAACAUAGUAAACAAUUGGAAAAACUGAUGUUUUUGGAUUCAGCUUUCUUUUGAUCGAAUACGUACUCUGUCAUGAUUGCAUACCACACAUUGAGCUAGAAGCUUUUUAAGUUAGCUUCUUCAUGUGCCAUAAGCUAGAUAUUUAGAUGUAGAUUUUUCUGUCUUCCUGUAUCAAUAUAAUUUUAUCAUGACUUCUAAGUGUCCAGUUAUUGUUUGUUGAGAAAAUUUUAGAGUAGAAGCUGUUUGGAAUAUAGGGAUAUUUUUACAAGGGUAUUCUCUGCUUAUUAUGCAGCAGCUAAGAUCUCUAUGCAGUACAUGUUUUGGAAAUUCAGAAAAGUGGGAACUCAAAUCACUGAAUAGAGCGAUGUUGAAGAAUUGUGGGUUUUGUUUGCUUAGUUUUGUCCUCAUUAUCUAAAGUAUUGAAAGUGUUCAAAGAUAUAUCACCGAGGGUAACUCUAAUGAUGCAUAGCUAUCAAAAUUUGCAACUAGGAGGUGUCAUGGCCAUGAUAUUCCGUUUUGCAUGUGUUCCAAGCACAUAUAUAACUCGAGUUUGAUGAAGUAUCAUACUAUGAAGAUGAGGACUCGUUCAGUACAUAAUUCAGUGUGGCUGUUCUGAUUUUGCUGAUGACAUCUAUUGUGAGGCUCUUGCUCUUGUAUUCUGCUACUGAACUCUAACUUGGCAUGCAGCAGAUCACAAUAAUCUUCUGCGAACUCUUGCUGGCGUUGAUCCUGAAGGAUGAGCAGGAUUUGUUUAUGCCUCUACCUUCCAGCUACAAACCAUAUGGCAUUCAUACAGAUUUCAUGCUUGCCUUUAUUAACAGUGCAUGCAUAGACAAUAGAAGAAAAUACUUUUUGGAAGAGACUCCAUAACUUGGCGUUGAUAAUACUCAAGGCUUUGAGGAUGAGAAUUGGAUUGUUCACUGUUGAAUGGUUCUCCUCUUGCUAUUCAUUCUUGUGAUCGACAGUAGCAGCAGACUUGCAUAUCUACCUUGUUUGUCUAUGGCACCAAGAGAUGCAAAUGUGCACGUGUUUCAUAUUAGAGUUACCCUCGGACACCUUUUCUGGGUAGCUGUUGGAGCUUUCAUUAUUGUUGAAAUGCUGUUUAACUCUAGUUUUCUUGCCAUUGAUGGAGCUGGUGAAGAGCCAUCUUUAUCCCCUCGUCGUCUCUGUUUGUUCAAUAAAACAACUGGAGCUGCUCUUCGGGAGUUGAAUUUUUUGACCUCCAUACUUGCGGUUCGUAUGAAUAGGAAAAGACUUGUUGUCAUCUUACAGGACAAAACGUAUGUAUAUGACAUAAAUAGUCUUGCAAUCUUGGACACUAUUGACACCGUAUCAAAUAUAAAAGGGCUUUGUUCUUUUUCCCCAAGUUUGGAUGGUUGUUUCUUGGCUCUUCCUGCCAGCGUCUCCAAAGGAUCCGUGUUGUUGUACAGUGUCAUGGACCUGCAUUUACAUUGUGAGAUUGAUGCUCAUAGAUCCCCACUUGCUGCAAUUGCACUUUCUUCCAAUGGAACAUACAUAGCAACAGCAUCUGAACAGGGAACCAUUAUCAGAGUCCAUCUAGUCUCUGAAGCAACAAAGUCUUAUAGCUUUCGGAGAGGGACAUAUCAAUCAAGUAUAUUCUCCUUAUCAUUUGCCCCAUCUACACAACUGCCAGAUAUUCUCGUGGGCACAAGUUCAUCAGGUUCUGUUCAUGCUUUCUCUCUGGCGUUUUCUGGUAACCAGAGGAGCAAGAGAUCGGGAAGUUUUCUUGGAUCAAUUAUACCCGACUCUGUUACUGAUGCACUAGAUCCAGCACAUCAUGGUGUACUUCAUAAUGUUGCACCUGCAGGGGUUAAAAGCUAUGCAGUAAUUCGUAAGGUUGAGAAGGUUGCUGAUUCAUCGACUUCAGAUAUAGUGGCCUGUCGGGCCACCAUUUCUAUUAUCACGUUCAAUGGGUACUUCCAGGAAUACAACUUAAGCAUCAACAAUCAAAAUGUGUUCGUGUGGAGUUUGGAGCGUGAAUUUAAGCUGCUUAAUGUCAUAUUAGAUGAUGCCAUCAGCUUGUGAUAAAUCAUGUAUAUAUCCAUUAUUGUGCAAGAUCAUCAUCUGAUACAAUAUGAUAUACAAAAUGAUACCAACAAAAAAUAGCAUAUAUAGAAUGUGUCACCCUUUACUGCUAA